AUGACAGUUCUAGCAAAAAGAAUAUUGGAAAAGGAAAAUAUAGCUUACAUCAAAAAAUUGGUCGAGAUCGAUGUUGUGAACUUCCAAAGGCAGUGCAAGAACCGAACCAAUAUGAUUCAAGAAGGCAAGCUCAAUCCUGAAAGACACGCUCGAUCGGGCGAUGCUCAAGCGGAUGCAUUAGAGAAGACGAUAUCUCGGGGAAAAUCAGUUGUGAAAGCUGUCUUGAGAGAGAGGAUAGGAAUGGUUGAUGAAAGAUGCUCUGUUUUUAUUUUAGAGGAGAGCUCGAAUUUUCAUACCAGUAAAAGAACUCUUGUGUCAGUUAUGGGAUGCGUGCUUGGCUUCAUGGUCUGUGCGACAGUUGGUUUAGUUGUUCGCCAUCAUGGUCAAGACAUCUCCAACAGCAUGAAAGAAGCUGGCAUCUCCAAAUUCCCUCGCCUAGCCACCUCGCGAAAGUGGAAGAAAACAUGGAAACCAGUGUUACCAACAUUAUCGGAUUCCGAAGUGCCACAAUCGCCUGGUUUUCGCCCCGCAUUACUCUCAUUUCAAAAAAUCGCGUCUCGAAAAAAUACCCGGUCGGUAACUCCUAUUCCAUUGAAUAAGGACAUUCCUUGGUAA